AUGCCAUUGAAAGGCGAUUUUAAAGAUGAAAAUAAUGGAGUUUGUUUUAUAUGUGGUCAGAAAGAAAUUAUUCCUAAUAUUUCUGAUCAGAAGUUUGCGGUUCAAUACAAUGAAUCGAGCAAUUCUUUGAAGGCUUUGUCACAUACGACCAAGCGCAAUAAUUUUUUAGACACCUUGGUUUCAGACGAUUUGCGAUUUUCGUUUGAACUUCUUAAAUGUAAUCUUUGUCCAGUGCGAUUUCAUGGUCAUUGUUAUCUCGGUUUCAAAGAAGGUGAUUUUGAGCCACGUAUGCAUAUCCUUGAUCAUGCUGGUGAUCCAUGUAUUGACCUUUCAUACGCUAAAAAGUGGUUUUGUCCACAACACGAAUGUAAUUUUUGUCAUCAAGAAUUGCUUCGCACACGAUCUCAGCUAGGUGUUGUUAUUCGAUGUGUACAAUGUAUAUUUGCCUGGCAUCGUUCCUGUGUUACCAUUGGUGCUCAUCAUAUCAACAGGGUGCGAGAUAAAUUUGUAUUAUGUCCUAGGCACAAUGAUGUGAAAAAGUCGUAUAAGCAUCAUACACCAUAUUGCGUGAAAUGUUUCUGUGAUUCUGAAGAUGAUUUGACAUUUAAAUGCAUUUCAUGCAUUCGAGCAUUUUGCCGAUGUUUUCUGAGAGAAAAAGCUGAUGAAUUAUUGCAUAAGGAAAUCGCAAACUUUACAUGUGAUUUUUGUAAAUGUGUUGAUUAUCCUCGAAUAGGUGAUUAUGUAUUGGCACCAGCUGGGAAGCGUCUGUGGCCAGCGAAAACCGUUCAUGCAGAUCUUUUACCUCUGGUAAUUCCGAAACGUGAGCAGUUCAUUUCGAAAUUGAGUGAGCCGGGCUAUGUUUUGAUUCAGUGGAUCGAAGGUUUGGAACUUCCUAAUUAUGCCGUUUUUUCUUUUAGAGACCUUGUCCCUUUUCCAAAAAAUAUUCAAUGCUCUAUCUUCAUAAAUUUGAAAAAGCGUCAUCGAAGAAUAUACGAAGCUGUGAAACUCCUGUAUAUGAAUUCUGAAAUACAUCUUGGGAUUAACCGUCCAUUGCCGAAAGAAGUAUCAAUGGAUAGAAAUCCGAGAUAUGUCAGAAUUAAGAACAAUAUAAAUGGGAAAUUAGCUCGAGUUUGUAUGGAUGAAUUAGAUUAUUGUGUAUGUGAUGUGAUUAAUGGAAAAAGAUGUACAUUGGAACAUGGUUGUUUAAAUAGAUCAGUUAUGGUCGAAUGCCCCGAAGUUUUUGUUUUCUCUUUUUAUACCAUAUCAGUUGAUGACUGCGAUAAAAUAUACAGAGAAAUUCGUGCUAGAAAGUUGUCUAGUUCUAGAAAAAAAGUAAGAUCCAGAACGUGCGAGAAGAAAGAUUCAUAUGCUAUGUGCACAAAUACUUUUUUGAGAAAUCAUCAAAAUAUUGAUGAUCGAGAAUUAUUUCAAGAGAAAUUGACUGAGAAGAAAGGAUUGGGUGUUUUUGCGAUAAAAGAUAUACCCGUGAAUACUGAUCUCACAGAAUAUAUUGGUCGAGUGGUAGCAAAAGAGGAGUAUUUUAAAAAAUUAGAAUAUAGAGCUUCAUUUAAUAAUCUUGAAAUGAGUUAUUUUGGAAUGCAACUAACUUCUGAAUACUACGUGGAUGCUCGAAAUUUUGGCAAUAUGUCGCGCUCAUUUAACCAUUCUUGUGAUCCUAAUUGUAAAGUAGAUUGUAUUACUGUAAGUCGUUUUUUUUAUAUUUCCUUGCUACCUUAUGGUAAUUUCACGCAAAAUUGGGAGUUUUUGUUAGGUUGCGAUGAGUUGUGUUACGAUUAUGAUACAGUGCUUCCAGAUGCGCUUGAUGGCAUGACAUGUUAUUGCGGAUCGGAAUGUUGCCGCGGAAUAAUCGGGAAUAAAAUGAUAAGAAUUAAAAUUCAACGAAACAAUGAUAAUUUAACGGAACACGGAAAAAAAAGAAAGAAAAUGUUAACUAAUAUUGGAUAUACUGGUGUGUUUAAAAAACCAAGAGAUAGUCCUCCUUUCAUGGUGCGUAAUGUGCAACCAGUUGUUACUCCAGAGGUCGAAAAGUACAGAGAAGGUUGUUCUAAAAAAUUAAUUUCACAUGUAAAUUUCGCAACAAAAGUGUUUCGGUAUCUUUGUAAUACUUUUAAUGUUAAACCUUUUUAA